UUCGAUUUUUAUUUUUAUCUUCCACAGCUUGUAAAAAGGCUUUUAAAAGAUGGGAUAUGUCUCUCUGUUUUCCCCACGGGCUCCGCUUAUUUAUGACUUUUUUUUCCUUUGUCUUCAAAGGGGCUCAAAGUAACGGGCUUGUUUUAAGCUCCCUCGAAUGAAAAUGAUUCCGUUCCCAGGUUGCCUGGGGUUGGUGUCUCCCAGAAGUUGCUUUAGGAUUGCUAUUCCAGGACCAGCAAGGGGAGCUCAAGUCUUGUUUACGGUAGGUCCCGCACUAAUUCUCUCUGCUAGCGAGGUGUUUUUCAUCCCAGUGCGUGACCCGGGCGGGGAUGCCCACGGGAUGCUUCGUGCUUUGGCAGGCGGGGGCUGUGGCACGACGCGGGGCAGUGAGAGGUGGAAGCGGCCGGUCCUCAGGAACCAGGAGCUGCGGGGGUCGCCUCGGGCCCGGCCGAGGGUGGGGAGCUGCUGAGCGCCGACACGCCAGCGCGAAAAGGAGCAUUUUUCUGACCAAGUCCGCCCAGCUACGCCAGCUGUCAGCCGGGGGGAGAGCGGGGGAGCAGCCGAGCCGGCCCGGGGCGGGUGGCCCGCACGCACCCGCUCCAUCAGCAGACCAGCUGGGAAGCCGGGCAGCCCCGCCGCGCCCCCAUCCCCGCCCCGUCCCGCCCAGCCGGGCCGCGGGGGCCGGUCGGGCGCUCACCCGGGGCCGCGGUGACGGGCGAUGUCCAGCGGGCCGGGCAGGCUCAUCCAGCUCCGACCCGCCCGCUGAGGCGCCAAGCCCGGACACUGCGGCGGGGCUGCGGCUCCGCGUCCGCGCUGCCCCAGGGUCGCCGCUGGCGCCGAGCCGAGCCCGGGGCUCUCCGCUGCCGCCGCGGCCGGCACAGAGUUAAUCGCGGCGGAGCCCCGGCGCGGGGCGGUCUCCCCGCCGCGCCUCCCUCCCCGCGGCCGCCCCCGCCCGCCCCUCGCUCCGCCGCCGCACCUGCCCGCGCCCCCGCCGACAACUUUCCCUGCCUGUUGCGCGCACCGAGCUUCGAGCCCGGCGGUCACUGCCAUGGGCGCCGCGGAGCAGCGCCACGGGUAGGCGGCCCGCGGGGGUCGGGCCGGGAGCGCUGCCAAGGCUCUCCGCCCUCGCCUCGCUCCGCCGCCGCCGCAGCGAUCGCUGCCCCGCGCUCGGCGAGCAUGGAGGUGCAGCUGGGGGUCGGUCGCGUCUACCCGCGACCGGCGGGCAGGACCUUCCGCGGCGCUUUUCAGAGCUUUUUCCAGAGCGUCUGCGACGCUUUCCAGCCGCCGCGAGAGGAACCGGGCGCCGGGCAGCCGCCGCCGAGCGCGCCCUGCCCGCCGAGUCCCCGAGCGCCGCCGGACUCCCCAGCCUGCCUGCCGCCCCCCGAGCCCCGCGCCCCCGGUAAAGCGCUGCCGGCCCCCGGCCCCGCCAUGGGCUCGUCCUUCCCCUGCGCCGGAGAGCUGAGGGAGCUGCUGGGCGAGGCGGGUGCGAUUCCGAUGCUGCCGCCGCCCGAGACCGAGCCGGUGGACAAGGAAGAUCCGCUGGGCGACAGCGCCCGGCAGCUGUGCCGCGCCGUGUCCGCCUCCAUGGGGCUGGCGCUGGAGGCGCUGGAGACUCCGGCCGAGCAGCUGCCCCGCGAGGACUGCAUGUUCGCCGUGCCCGCCGGGCCGCCCCGCGCCCCGCGCCCGCCUGCCCGCGACCCCUCGCCCGCCUUCGAGGCCGCAAUGGGAAAGUAUAGCUUCGGGGCCGAGCUGGUCCCGCCGGGCCCCGCGCCCCCCUGGCCCACCUUCUUCGCCGAAGAGGGGCAGCUCUACGGGCCGUGCCCCGAGCCGCCCGCCGGGCCCGCCGACUGCCCUGCCGAUGCCUGGUACCCACCGGGCCGGGCGCCUUUCGCCGCCCCCGCUGCCGGCAUCAAGAGCGAGCUGGAGCCCUGGGUCGAGGGCUACGCCGGCGCUUACGGCGACCUCCGGUUGGAGCCUGGCCGUGACCAUGUCCUGCCCAUUGACUAUUACUUCCCACCUCAGAAGACCUGUCUGAUCUGUGGAGAUGAAGCAUCUGGGUGCCACUAUGGAGCCCUGACAUGUGGGAGCUGCAAAGUGUUCUUCAAACGGGCAGCUGAAGGUAAACAGAAGUACCUCUGUGCCAGCCGCAACGACUGCACCAUCGACAAGUUCCGGCGGAAAAACUGCCCCUCCUGCCGCCUGCGCAAGUGCUACGAGGCCGGCAUGACGCUCGGAGCCCGCAAGCUGAAGAAACUGGGUAACCUGAAGGCACAGGAUGACAUGGAGGGGGCCAGCUCGUCCAGCCCAACGGAGGAGCAAGCUCCUAAGCUGGUGAUGACACGCAUUGACGGCUACGAGUGCCAGCCCAUCUUCCUCAACGUCCUGGAGGCCAUCGAGCCUGGGGUGGUGUGUGCUGGCCACGACAACAGCCAGCCUGACUCCUUCUCCAACCUGCUGACCAGCCUGAAUGAGCUUGGGGAGAGGCAGCUGGUCUACGUGGUCAAAUGGGCAAAGGCCCUGCCAGGAUUUCGCAACCUGCAUGUGGAUGACCAGAUGUCAAUAAUCCAGUACUCUUGGAUGGGCCUGAUGGUGUUUGCUAUGGGCUGGAGAUCCUUCACCAACGUCAAUUCCAGGAUGCUUUACUUCGCUCCUGACCUGGUCUUCAAUGAGUACCGCAUGCACAAAUCCAGGAUGUACAGCCAGUGCAUCAGGAUGCGGCACCUCUCCCAGGAAUUUGGGUGGCUUCAGAUCACACCCCAGGAGUUUCUCUGUAUGAAGGCUCUCCUCUUCUUCAGUAUUAUUCCAGUGGAUGGCCUGAAGAACCAGAAGCUCUUCGAUGAGCUCCGCAUGAAUUACAUCAAGGAACUUGACCGUAUCAUUGCCUGCAAGAGGAAGAACCCCACCUCCUGCUCCCGGAGGUUUUACCAGCUCACCAAGGUCCUGGACUCCGUGCAUCCGAUUGCCAAGGACCUGCAUCAGUUUACAUUUGAUCUCCUAAUCAAGGCACACAUGGUGAGCGUGGACUACCCAGAAAUGAUGGCCGAGAUCAUCUCUGUGCAGGUUCCCAAGAUCCUGUCUGGAAAAGUCAAGCCUAUCUACUUCCACGCACAGUGAUCUUUCAGAGGGUUCCCCGUGCUGCCACCCCCAUUCCAGCCAUCUCCUGCCUGUUACUUCUGCACUACUGUCCUGCAGUGCCUUGGGGAAUCCCUCUGCGGCGGUGGCCAAGGGGACAGGCAGUGACAGACCUGCUGGGAUUCCUGAGAUUACUAUUUUCCUGAGGUACCUCUGAACUGAACCCCUGGCGCCGACCUCUGCCUGGCUCCAGCUGCUCACGGUGCUGGACAGAGACUGCUGGGGGCAGUGGCACCAUGUCUGAGUGUUCUCCUCUGUCACUGUGACUUCAGCAGCCCAGGGCCACAGGACAGCAGAAGAAGUGCCAGUGGUUGGUGGGUUUGGGGUGAUUUUUAUAAAAACAAUACAACACUAAGGAAGUUGCAGCUCCGCGUUUGGGUGUGGGUUAUGUCGCCAGCCUCCUUCCAGAUGUUUUGUUUGCAUUAUGGUGCUGGGAAGCAGAUAUGGUCAAACAUUGCAGAAGAGAAGCAGAGCAGAGCUGGGGGACAAGGCAAAUUUGUGGCUGAGGAGUUCAUGGGCCCUGCAGCCACGGUGGGAUCUGCUCCGGUCAGCUGGGCCCUGGGAGCGGCCUGCACUGCCGAGACACGAGCGAUGGAGCGGACAGGCUGCAGCGGAAGGCCUGCCAAGGAAGAUCACCUUGGAGAUCCCCCAACGAUGGCUGGCUCCUGUUUUCCACCUGGCAUGUUUUUCUUAUGGCCUGUCCAGCUGGGUCUUGGUCUGCCCCGCAGACCCCCGGGCUCAGCAGUCACAUUCCUGUCCUUGCCAGCUGCUGCUCCCUGACAAAGCUGAACCCACCUCUGAAAGUGCCUGAUACCCUCGGACCUCACUCCUGCCUGGCUCCCCUGGGCACCUGCAGCCUCUGCCCCCACACCUGCUCUGCUCCUGUCAUGGCUCUGUAGACUUGGGAUUCCAGCUAUGCUCUUUCCCUUCAUUUGUCCCAAAUAUUUUGUCCCAACUAUUUUUUUUAAUGCCAGCAGAUGAGUGUUCUGGAGCCAAGACCAAGGCCAGGGUCUGUGGGACAUGUGGGACCACGGGACUCGUCUCUGAAUCCUGUCCAUGGAGAGGUGGGAACUGGCUGCUGCCACCAUGGCACUUUGGGGGGCUGCAAGGGAAGCACCAAGAGACUGCCUGCUCUUGGAAGCAGCACACACAGCUCCUGCUGAUGGCAGUGGCUGAUUGAGCCCAGGAGGACACCAUUGUGCACUCACUGUCCCAUGUGCAUGGUCCUGUAUGCACCACACCACCCACACACCAUCCCUGACACACCACCCACACACCAUCCCUUACACACCAGCCACACACCAUCCCUUACACACCACACACACCGUCCCUUACACACCACUCACACACACCAUCCCU